CGAUCACCAGCUCAUUAUAAAACCAAAAACAAACCACAUGACAUAUAAACAACAGUCACACUUACUUCUAACUUCUCUUACGGUCUCAUCAUGGAACACGCAACUCCUUCAACUCCAACCACAAAUCCACCACCGUUACCAUUCUCAGCGCCACCACUAACCGCCGCACAAAUCGCAAUCCUAACAACACCACCACCGCCUUUCCCCGGUCCAUCUAGCUCCAUUGAUCUCUCUCCUCUCGAAUUCCUACUCGCUCUUAUCGCUAUUGUCACCAUACCAGCUUUAAUCUAUACCUUCAUCUUUGCUUUUGGAUUUCCAUUUUGUCGCCGGCGACCGGAGCAAAACUCCGGCGAACUUUCACUUGCUUCUGAUGAACCUAUAAACGGUGAAUCAGCAGCUUCUAUAUCUGAACUGAAGUAUAGGACGGAUGUUCAUGUGAAGGAAAUCGCCGGUGAGUGUCCUGUUUGCUUGUCGGCGUUCAGUGACGGUGAAAAACUCCGGCAGUUGAGUUGUUGUAAGCAUUAUUUUCAUGCUGAUUGUAUUAAUUUGUGGCUUAAAAAUCGGUCUAGCUGUCCGAUUUGCCGUGCUUUGGUUGCCGGUAAGCGGAGGAAUUCGUCGUCGGUUGCAGCUCCGGCGAGAGCUAAUGAUCUGAUGCAGGGUCUUCCAGAUGCUUCUGCUUUAGUGUGAAGUCUCUUAAUUUUUUUUAUUUUUUUUUAUAUUUUAGGAAAUUUAUGCUUUUUUAAAAUUUUUAUUUUCCACUGUCAUCCUGUUUACUGGACCGUUUAACCUGGUUCGGAUAAAUUCUGACAUCAAGUGGUUACGGUUUCCUUCCGAUCGAAGUUGUGGAUAUCGAACCGUGUUAGAUAAUGGGUGAGAAAUGGGGAUUAAAGUGUUAGUUACUGAACAAAUUGAAUUAUGAUGUAGCAAAUUAGCAAUGUAUUAUUAUGCAUAUAUAGAAAGAAACAGAGAUGUGUGACCAUUGAGUCAUUGACCACA